AUGUUUUCCUCUUUCGGCAACGCUUUUCUCCGCACCAGGAAUUCUUCCUACGUACCCCCGCUGAACACCACCGCCGCCACGCUCGCCAGGCGUUACAACAAAAAAGUCGGCUGCACGCGCUCCUGGGAUAACAAAGACGGCGCGCCGCCAGAGCGAUUCGAGGUGAUCAUCGACAACAUGAUGAAUUUGGAGCUGCUGUUCUGGGUCGCCAAUUACUCUGCAAAUGCCACGCUGUACAACAUCGCCGUCUCCCAUGCCACGCGGUCCAGUUCUGAACACGUCAGACCCGACGGGAGUACGUGGCAAGUGGUAGCGUUCAAUUCCACCGAUAGGUCUGUGAUCGAAAAGUACACUGUUCAAGGCUAUGAUAAUUCCUCCACUUGGGCAAGGGGUCAAGCCUGGGCUGUUUAUGGUUUUACCACGGCUUACCGUUAUACACAAAAUGAGAAAUUUUUGCAGACUGCCCAGAAAACCGCGGAUUUCUUUCUGAGAAAUCUUCCUCCUGAAGACAAUGUUCCUUACUGGGAUUUCGAUGCUCCUUAUCGGGAAAGUUAUCAGCCCAGGGAUACUUCUGCUGCCGCCAUAGCUGCUUCUGGACUUUUGGAACUGGGGGAGUAUUUGGGGGUAAAGUAUAGAGAUUCAGGGGUCAAGAUUCUGGAGGGUCUUGUUAAAUAUAGGGCUGACAGGAGAGCACAGUUUAAGAUUCCUGCAAUUCUUAUCAAUGGGACGUCCCAUUAUAGCACGGGUCAUUUCGACAGGGCUCUUAUAUUCGGAGAUUAUUACUAUGUGGAGGGGAUUCUGAGAUUGUCUCGUUUUAUUCAUACGUUCAGUCCCACUGCGUUCUGA